AGGUCUAGGCAAGUUGAGCCUGGUCAUGAAAAAUAUACUUUAAAGGAAGAUGAUGAUUUGCGUGCUAAAUUAACCUUGUUGUCUAGAAAAAUGAAAGCCAUGGAAUUGAAAAAGGUGAAUGAAGUGCAUGCUGUCCAUAAAAAUUCUGAGAAGUGUGGCAUAUGUGAGGAUCAUGGGCAUUCAACUAAUGAGUGUCCCACGAUCCCCGCAUUCAAAGAGGUGUUGUAGGACCAAUCUAAUGCUGUAAAUAUGAUACAUAAACCGUAUUCUGGUUCUUACUCUAAUUCUUACAAUUCAGGAUGGAGAAACCACCCAAAUUUUGGGUGGAGGAAUGACCAGCAAGUAGAUCCAGCAGCCUUGGCUUCGGGACCCUCUCAACUCACAAUUCAAGCACCUACAAUGCAAAUGAAAGGACUUGAGGAGAUGGUACAACAAUUGUCAAACACCUUGCAGCAGUUUAUGCAAGGUCAAACAACAAUCAACAGUCAAAACUCUCAAGCGAUAAAUGACAUUCAGAGCACACUUACAAAGAUGACUAUGGCAUGGAGCUCUCAAGAAAAAGGAAAAUUUCCUGCACAACCUCAACCCAAUCCACAAAGUCAGCCACCUCAAGGAGCGGUUGAGAGUUCAAAUGUUAGGCAAGUGAAGGCAGUCACUACUUUGAGAAAUGGUAGGGUGGUGAACAUUCCAGCUCAAGGUUCAGACAAGACUAGCAACCUUAAGACUUGGAAGAUGUACAAGAAGUAAAUUUGUUGGAAAGCAUCCUUGAGGAAGAGGCUUAUUUGGCAUACCAGCCCACUAACCUGCUGUUUGAGUUAGAAAAUAUUUGUGAUCUCAUCACUGAUGAU